AUUUGACUGACCAGAAUGGCAGGAAAGGGCAGAGGAAUAGCAGCAUUCAGCUUCAACGUUGAGGCUCUGGGCCUCACCAGAGGGUCCAUGCCUGAAACCCAGAAAGGGCCGACUCCACUCUUCCCACAAAUUGAAUAUAAACCAGGGCCUUUGAAAGCUGGGGAAGAUGAAGACUAUAUGAGAGCAUUGAAACAAGAGAUGAGAGGACGAAUGAAAGACCUCCCUUUUAACAUAAAACCCCACACAGGAAAGGGAGAUGUGGAGAGGUACAAGGAAAAAUACACAAAAGAAAUAAAAAAAAUUGAAGCUGGCGAUUGGACACCAGAUUGGAACAGUCUUCCGAAAGAGCUGAAGCCACAGAAGAAGAUAAUUAAGAAGAAAAUAGAUAAGAAAUUCACAAAGAUCUCAAGCAAGGACAAGAAGGAAAUGCUGAGUAAACUGGAUGAACUUGAGAAGAAGGGGGAUGUCAAAUCAGAUGAGGAGAGUGAGGAGAAGGUAAAGAAGAAAGAGGGUGAGGAAGAGGAGGAGGAAGAAGAAAUUGAAGGAGAAUAUGACGACGAAGAGCUUGAAGAGGAAAACGACUACAUAUCAAACUACUUUGAAGACGGUGAUGAAUACGGGGGAGGAAGUGAUGACAACAUGGAUGAAGCCACUUACUAGCAAUAAAAAAAGAUAUCACUCAUUAAAAAAAGUCUAUCAUACAAGAUAACUAAAGUGUGUCAAUACAUAUAGAAGCACAAAUUUGGUUACACUUCAUGUCUUCCAAGAGCAGUGUUUUAUAGUUAUAAAAAUUAGAUUCACUGAGUUAUAUAAAUUACUAAACUGGUAUUAAGCCAAAUAUUGAUCAUAUAAAAAUCCAAAAAAUAAUUAGGAGAUUUAGAUACUAAAA